AUGGAGAAGGUGUGCAAGCGAGUUUUUUCGUACAGGUUACUUCGAUUGGCUUGCCGGCUUCCUUCAUCGCCUAUUGUGGAUGCACCAUGCGACCGCUGUCACCGCUUUGCUGCACGUAGUGGCCUGCUGCAGCAAAUGCAAACGCUCGACCGACUAUUUCCCGAUGUACUUAUCAGCAUGGCUGCAACCGAAGCUGCUGCUAGUGGCCACCUUCACGUUCUGGAAUGGUUGUAUUUACGACAGCACCGCGUGUGUUGGGAACCCAAUAUUACGCGAAAAGCGGUAGGUAGCGGUAUAUUACCCGUUGUCCGCUUACUUAUCCAGCGGUUUCCUCCUGUAAGCGUGAAAGAGCUCUUCGAGGUGCUCCUGGUAUCACUUGUUGGUGGUCAUACUGAGAUUACCGAGUUUCUUUGGGGGCAGGUUUUGCAGUUACAGCCGAGUCAGACAUAUGUGAGCACUGCUGUGUCACGAGCCUCGCUAUCGCUUGCUAAAUGGAUGCUCAGAGACCCCACCGUCGGCCCGCCGAUCAUUUCGAUCGACUUCGCAGCUCGACGUGGAGAUAUUGAUUUUGUUCAAUGGGCCCAAUAUCACCGUUCCAUUGCAACUUUCUCUGCAUUGGAUUAUGCGGCAGCUAGUGAAAUGACUACACGUUAA